GCAAAAAGGAAGCGAAGCAGCUCCAAGCAAGCAACAAGCAAGACAUUCUCAACAUCGACGACACACCACCACCACCACUUGUUUGUCUGUCUCUCAAAAGGACACACGUACACACGCACAACCAUGGAGGCUGUUGCGCCCAAGCCCAGCAAGCAACAGAAGGACAAGAGGAAAAAGAAGAAGCAGCAACACAAGAAGCAACGCCAGCCUGAGGUGGAAGGGCCCAUUCCCACGCCAAUCGAUGUGGAGAAGCUGCCAAAGUACAAAGAACGUGAUGAUGACCAAGAGGAGGCAGCAACGGUGGAAGACGGAGGUGACGACACACAGCAUGACGCAUCGUCACACGCCGCCAAGGACACACCCGCUGGCGACGGUGUGGGCGGCGAAACACCUGCUGCAAAAGAGGUUGGCACCGAACCUUCCGCACAGCAGGACCAGCUGCAUGACGAAGAAGAAGCAGAGCAGGGGGAGGCGGAGGGAGAGGAGGAGGGAGAGGAGGAUCAGGUGCCGGAUGAGGUAGUGGGAGCAAGCCACGAUGCUGCCGACACGGACACGGAGCCAGCUGCAACUCACAAAGCUGAAGACAGCACGCAGCAACCAGAGACAGCACAGCAGGAGCCAUCAAAGCUCGCAGCACACGUGAAGCCAGCACAUCCCCCGGGCUCGCUUGCCACACGUCCCGUGCAACACCAACAACAACAACAACAACAACAACAACAACAACAACAACAACAACAACAACAACAGAUGCAACAACAACAACAGAUGCAACAACAACAACAACAGCAACAACAACAACAACAACAACAACAACAACAACAACAACAGAUGCAACACGAGGCUGCCGCAGAAGCUGCGCCUGCCAUCAUCACAGCGGCGUCCCAAGUACAGAUGCCGGCACCGAUGGCAGAGCUUGACCUGCCACCGAUCGUGCAAGACACCUUUCCGCAGCCAUCAGUGCACGCCUCUGCGGGCUUUGUUGACACGCCAGCCGUGCCCGCACAGGCCCUCGACCACUUUACCGGCAACAUGUACCUGAUGCAGAACGAAGAGUUUCUGCAGAACUUCGUCACAUAUGGGGGCAGCCACCGCGACCACCCGCUGCACACGCUGCUGCAACGCUACGCCAUGGCCAGGCAGGCUGUGCGCGGCGCCCUGCAGAUGAGUGAGGAUGCCCUUGCACACAUUGAGCGCGCGUCCACCAGCGUGUGGGAUGUGGACACGGUGGAGCGAACGGAGUACGGGCGGUGCGGCGAUAACCGAAGCGUGGCGGCACGUGAGCGCUUCCAGGUUGCCGUGUUUCAGAGCGAGUACGUGCAGGACUUGAAAGAAAGCCUGGAGCGACUGCGUAAGAUUGCGUUUGAAAACGUUGUUGAAAGUCAGUUCUCCGCACACAUGUCGCGCUCCAAAGUGGACGACUACAUCGAAAACACGCUGUUGUUGGUUCAGGACGCGAAUGGGAUUGGUGCAAUGGACAGGCCUGCGUUCCUGACAUCGUGGACCUCCGAGACCCAUCGCAAAAACACCAUCACCAUUCAGAAGUGUCUGGACGUGCUGUUUUCGUUUCUGCGGCGGUGCGUGGACAGCGACAAUGUGUUUACGCAAGACGUGAAAUCAUGGACACGACGCAUGGUGUCAGCACUCGUUUUGUACGGCACACUGCACGACCACCGAUAUGUUCUCAACCACAUUGCACGGGUGCCUGGCGACCUGGCACGAGGCCUUGCUGAGCUGGUGAUGUUUCCGCCCCGCUCCAUGUGGACAGAGGACACCGUCAACCACAUCCUCGCCAUGCUGGACAACUUCCUUCGCGAUCCAGAGCCGUUUGUGGACGAUGACGUGGCGGUUCAGCUUUCAUCGCCGACUGCAGAGGGCGAGGAGUCUCUCUCGGACUGGCUGUGGGUUGGCGACGGUGGCGGCGGGACGAUGACAACCCACGAGCGCUCGCACGUUCUGUCUGAGGACGCGUGCCUUGCAAUCCUGGAACAGUUCCCCCUCGCCACCAUCCUCGCAUUCACCCUCGGCUUUGACGGCGACGAGUCGAGAGGCGGACACGAUGAGGCCGCGGUUGUGCGGGUGUUUGCGUUUUGUCGCGUGUACAUCCGCAGUCUCGGUCGAUUGUACUCGGAUCGCCUGCGCAGUCAGCACAAGUCGUUCUCAAAGCUCAUUGGCCACAACAUUCUCGCGUGCACGCGGCUGUGCACGGAAUACCUCAACGAACUCAAAGCGCAAGUUGGCCAGGCCGCCGUCGACCCAGCCGUCAUGCAGGACAUCCAGGCCAAUUAUGACCAAAUCCUGUGCGAAACCUUCACUGUGUUUGAAAAGGCAUCGACGCACAACGAGUGGUCCUUCUGGCCCAACAUUGACUUUGCGUCGCUGAGUCUGCUCAGUCUGUGGCGAAUCCUUGGCCAUCUCCUCACGGGCGGGAAGCUCAUGUUCUCAAACGUGCCCGAACGUGAUUUCCUGCUGAACCGCGUCGAGGAACGAGAAGACUUUGGUCGCCGCCUCCAGGACAACCCGGCCAGCGGGCAGUUCCUCUUCAGCUUGCUCGCGUCCAUGGCGGCAUCACGGAAGCUCCACGGGGAUGAUGCAGAUGCGGAGUUGAAGUUCGUCUGCGCCGUCGCCGAAGAAAUCUUCUACUUCUCCUUUGUCUGCCACACGAGUCGACACGCGUGUGUUCGUCACGGCUGUGAUGCUCUGGAAACCAUUUCCGCCGCCCACCCAACCACCGUCUCUGUCAUUCUCAACGCCACAAACUCGUUUGCUGAUUCCAUCGGCAAGGCGUGCAUCAAGGCGGUGACGUCGCUUCGGUACGACGGGUGGGUGCCGACGCGAAACGACCUGGCCAUUCUCAAGUCGUGGACAACCAUGGAGCCGGGUACGCUGCAGGCUGAUCUUGCAGAGCGGCUGCUUACCCACAUGCAGUUCAACACAACGGCAGCAGACAUCUCCUCCAGGAACGGGGACGAUCUUCUCAUUCCCGUUGAGGUUCAGCGUGAGAUUGCUCUCAUCCUCGCCUCCGCCAUCGCACAGCACAAGGCCGUCGCACGCCAGCACCCCGGUGGUCAGGCGCACUCGCCCCACCGUGCAUUGGCGGACAUGUACUGGGAUGUUGUGCUGCGUCUCCACUUGCGCAGCAGCGUCGUGUAUCCGCUUGCAUCGCACCCGCGCCUCUCCAUUCUUCGCGACCAGCAGGCCGACUUCCCCGUGUGCUCGUACCUCCGCCUGUUCAUGACGGAGGCAAGCAAGAGCUUCGACGCGUUUGCUGCGAUGGGCAUCAACGAUCUUCGCUUCCUGCUCGAGCGACACAAACCAGAGGCUGCCGUCAAUGCCAUCAUGCAGAUUGCCAUGCCGCUGCUCGCCUUCAACCCCUCUGUCGUCACCGCACGCCGGGCAGAGGUGAAUGACGUUGUCGUGCGCGCCGUGACGGAGCUUGGCGACGCCGCGCUGCCGCUGCUGCAGCACAGCGUGUGGCAUGCGCAGAAGAGCUUCAUCCACUGGCUGGACACGUCCUCGUACAGGGCAACAGCAGAGGCCCAGCACACGAGCCCAGGCAUCGCCAUCGCAAAGUACUGGCUGCGGUGCCUGACGUCUGACUGCAUGUGGCCAACCAACAUGGCCAUGCGAAAAGCCGUGGACGCUGUGCUCGAAGCCGUGUGCACCAUUCCCCACUCCCUCCCAAUGAUCCAUGUUCUGCUGCACGAACGACUGCAGGCGUACGCACAUGCGGUGCAACGCCAACCAAAGUCCAUCUUCAGCACAGUCAAGACGUUUCUCCUCGGUCAAGGCAUCACCUCUCUCGCCUCCGUUGCAGAGGAAAACUUGGGCGGUGCGGCAGAUGUGCAGACGCCGUUCCUGACGUUUUUUGCGCUGUACAUCGACAUGAAGGAGCAGCACAGCGCGUGGAUGGCGUUUGGGCGCAGACUACAGGCAACACGCAAGCGACCAGCUACCGUGCUGAAGGAAACCAAGAUGCAGUUUGACCACCUGUGCAUUGUUCGCUUUCUUCACUACGCCUGCCAUCUCCCGCCGACGCAUCCGCUCAACAUUGUCUACAUGCAGAUGUUCUUCGCCCUCUACUUCAGCCACGCUUAUGACAACAACGGGUCGCUUGUGUUUGGGGGCGCGUUGCUGGAGGGCGAGCACCACAUUUGGACGCGGCGAGCGCUUGAGCACCUCGAGCGCCUGCAGCGGUACCACGACCACGCCAUGUCCACACACGCAUCGGCGUCAUCGCUUACAUCAUCAUCGUCAACAACGCAGCACCAGCACCAGCACCAGCAGCAGCAGACAGGGCAGCAGCACCAGCAGUCGCACGAUCAGCAGGAGUCGUCGUGUGUGGACGUGCAUCGACAGCUGCAUGCAUUGUACGCCGCCUGUCGCCACUGGCUGACCAACGACGCACUGAGGCGCCAAACGCUGCGCGUGCAGGAAGUGCCGCCAAAUUAUGCGCCGGAGCGGCUUGAUCACGUGUUCCGCAUCGAUUUCACCGACCUCAACCAGGCCCAGGCGCACAUGUGGCUGGACCUUGUGGACCCGCUGCUUCGCGAGCGGCGAGCUCGCGUUGAGACAACACUUCUCAAGAGCGGUCGCCUUGGUCUCGUGUCGCAAUACGCAGACUCACGACGACGCCGGCCCGUCCGACACAACACGCAGCUCAGCCGCUUCUCAGACGACUUCAAGACGGAGUGCGAUAAGCUGGGCAAGGAACGUCUGCACAUGGAGCCGCCAUCCAACCCACAACUGUUCACAACAGACUCGCUCCACCCACAGCGCUUUAUGGAGGCGAUCAAGACGGACUUUGCUGCCGUUUCUGCCGCAGCGACCACCCACCACCAGCAGCUGAGCCGUCUCACCGAGCUUGAUGAGCAGUUUGUGGACCAGGUGAAACUACUGUAUGUCAACGUCGAUUCCGUGCUUGAGCGACGCGUUCCUUGCAACCGAAGGGAGGGCUGUGUUCGCCCGGCUGUCAUUGUUAUUCGUCAGCGCCGCGCACAGCAGGUGCCGGAGGUCCUGCACCUCAUUGAAGCGACGCGCAACGAGCAAGCCCAGAUCCUCAACAGCCCGCGCGUGCCAGAGAGCAUCUGCACGGCUGCGAUGAGAAUACGACAGGCUGUGCUGGAUUUGCGCCGCUUACAGGACGCAGAGCACGCAGACGUGUGGGAUUGCGCUUCCGAAUUCUUCGUUGCGCUCAUUCGCACGCUGGACGACUACGAGAUGAUGAACGCCAACUAUUACCCCGCGUACAACAUCCUCAACGAGUGCUUUGAUGCCCUCGGCAACGGCAUUGUGCAGCACGACCAACGCAGUGUGCUGCUGCUGGCUGACCUGCUGUUCCAGUUCCCUGCACAGGCCAGCCGCCUCCUGCCCAUCUUCUGCCCCAACACCGCACGCCACCUCUUUGUCAGCGCGUACGAGAACAUCAGCCGGAACCUGACGCCGGACAACGGCGAGUUUGUGGCGCAGCUGCUGGGCCGGUUUGACGUCGACCGCUACCUCUCCGCAGAGGAGGCGAUGCUUGAGGACGGCCGCCAGUUUGUCACUGCGCUCGCGCACGUGUUCAAGGAAACGUGGUCGCGUGCCAGCACGUCCUCUUCGUCCGGGCACCGCGCCAGCCCGGCGGAUGAGGCGGAGCAAGGCAGCAGGAGAACGCUCACGACGGGUGGCAAGAGCGCAUAUGCGGCGCACGAAAGCAACUUGCUGGUGUGCCUGCGCCACAAGUUCCCACGCCUGUACAACGACGUGUUUGACGCCAUGAUCACGCUAUCGUCCGAGCAGUGCAUGGAGGCAUCCACGUGGACUGCCGUUGCCGGCAUUGUGGCCGCCAUCAACGCGACGGGCCGCGCCCUCAACGUGUUUCAGUGCCGCGAAACGCUGCAUUACUUUGCCAGCCGCUGCCUUGAGCUCCGUCGCUCCUCGGGCCCGCUGCUGGCCAAGUGGGCGCCAUACGCCGACCCGCUCUGCGCAUUUCUCCAACACAUGUGGGAUCGCCUUGCGCGCGACCCGCAAACAGAUGUGGAGGAGAACCACCAGCUGCUGCUGUCGCUGGUGGCGCCGUGGUUGUCCUCGCGUAUCGGUGCGCGGGGUGCCCGGGAUCCCCAGAGCGCGCCCUUCCAGCCGUUCAGCAUGCAGGAGACGGCGGCCGGCGUGGUGGUCCAGUUUGCCGUUGGCGCCUUCAUGCACGAGGGGCUCAGCCGCGGGGGCGCUGACCAUCGGUUGGAGAAGCUGUGGUCGUGGUACAUGCGCGAGUUUGCGCAGCAGGCGUGUCCACACGUGCUUCGUCCCGUGCACACGGAACUGUUGCGCAUUGACUGGGCAAUGCUUUCCAUGCCUGCUUCCCGCUUGGACGAGCUGCUGUCACUCGUCAGAGGCGCUCCCGAGGAAUGCGCCAUCUUCCUUGCGCACCUCAGCACCAAGCUGUCGUGGGCGCAGUGCCUGGUGUCGCUGCAGCAGCUUGCUGGCCGUGACCUCGCCUCUGCGCAGGAGCAAGGGCGCCGCGUGCUGGACAUUUUCUGCGGCGUCAUCAACGCACCGUCCAUUGCUGUGGACCACCGUGACACUGUCGAGCACAUCUUAUCGCUGCCGUUUGACCCGGCCCUCGUCUCUGACGACGCGUUUCAAGAGCUCGUGCAGCAGGUCGACGAGCGCUGCGCUCCCGAGGGCGUCUUCAACUUUGCUUCCGCGACGACGUCGAGCCUGAAGCUGUUGCGCCGCGCCGCUGGCAUGGACUCGCCAACACCCUCGCGACUGCCCACGCACUUUACGUUCCAGCAGCGAGUGAACCGCACUAUCCUGGUGAUUGCUGCGCGCACCAACUUUGGCAUCCGCAGCAUCUCCACGGCGCGCCCCGACGACCUGCAGACGCUGGUGGUUGCGCUGCUUGACGACUGCAUCGGCUUCCCCGGCGAACGCGUCUCCCUCGUGCGCAUCAUCGACACGGCGCUUCGCAAGGCACUGGCCAUCUGGAACCACCUAUCCCCCGAGCAGCAGCCGCUCAUGGACGAGGCCGUGCGCGCCUUUCUGCAGGCCAACCCGAGCAUGUGCUUGUCCCUGCUGUCUGCGGCUGUGGCGACGCUUGCGGACUACGGCACGGCAUGCGAGGUGAUGGAGGCGGCCAUCAGUGCGUUUCUCUCCUGCGAUGCGUUUGCACAGAACGGGCAGCUGUACUGGGCGACGGUGCUUGAGCACUUCCAAGUGCCGUCGCUGGUGGAGGCGGAGUUUGUCAAGGCGGCGUGCACGCGCCGCUGCGUGUAUGUCCUGUACGUCUAUCUUCUCCGCUGCAUCUCGGGCCUGACGUCUGUGGACCAGGAGGAGCAGCUGCUGACCGCGCUCUUGUCAUGGAUCACACAGCUUGACCCCACCACGUUUGCCUCGCCGCAGAAGGCCGUGCUGCUGUGGUGCCGCGCCCUCAGCCUGUGUGCGCACCUUGUGCAGUGUGGUGGGAACACGAGUGUUGUGCAGGCGGCUCUGAGCACAGUGCUUGGCAUGCUGCAGCAGGCUGCUACAGACAGGGACUUCCACUGGAUGAAGUUGCUUGUGCAGGAGACGCAGCUGCCCUACGACGUGCGCAUUGGCGCACGGUACUUGGCUGCGUUUGCCUCGUGCCUGCUGACGCAAAAGGAGCAGCUUCGCUUUGACGACGGCACACGCGGCACGCCCAAGCCAUCCAAGGUGUCCAAGGAGCUGAUCAAGUCGCUGGAGGACAGCAAGAAGCUCAAGAACUACAUGGUGUAUGCGCACUCGACUGACAUUGUGCUUGAGUUUUGCCGCUCGCCAAACCACGUGUCGCGCAUGGACGAGUUUGUUGCUUUUGUCCUCGGUGCCGUCUUUCCUUUCCUCUCCCGUGUCCAAUAGGCCAUGCACACGUGCGUUUGUGUGUGUGUGUGUGUGUGUGUGUGUGUGUGUGUGUGUGUGCCUGUGUGUUUGUAUGUGUGUUUGUAUGUGUGUGUAUGUGUGUGUGUGUGUGUCGAAAACGAGCGAUGUCGCAACUGUGUGCGAGAAUGUGUUAUUGUGGUUGUGCUGCACUGUGUGUAAGCUCGCUUGCUUGCUUUCAUUUCCCUCUUUGAUUGAUUUGGUUCGCGCGUGUGUUUUGACCUGUACAUAAGAGCUUUGAACGUCGUCCGUUUCUCCAACUAUAAAAGGCACGG